AUGGGUCGAGUGAAAGACGGUCCCCCACAUGCAAACGGACACGUCCCGAAUGGUUUUAGUGAAAAGGAGAGCAAAUCAAGGCGUCCUCAUCAUCAUUCUUCGCCCAUCUUCAAUGCCUGGAACCAGUCCCGAAGAGCCAAAGGCUCGUCAGCUCCCCUUCCAGCCGGUUCCCAGCGCGAGCUGUCGAUAGCAAACUUAUUCCAUGCGCUUUACAUUGUUCAGACCUGUCUUUUGGACAUGUUUCUGCUGCUCUGGAGACUGCACCCCUUCCGGACUUCUCUCCUCCUCGUCUUCAAUCUCGCCCGGGGCGUAUUCCCUGCCGUACGUGGCUAUUCGCGGGCCCUCAUCCUAGACGAAGUUCAGCGAUUGUUCGUCACCGAGAGUUUUGCCUUUGGCCGCUUGGGGAAACUUCUCCUUACGGAUGGCUUCCGGAUGUUUGUCGAGAUGCUCCUCGACGUCUUUGCAACACACAACGAGGACCUUGUGCAACAAUCGGCACGCCUUCAUGUCGAGUACCUACAGAUGAAGAUUCGACUAAAACUCGAUAUGCCAGCCCUCUCGGAUCCAGAGAUAACGGACAUCCUAGCCGAGGCAGACAUGUUUGUUCGCUCAUUUUCUGGCGGAAAUUGUAUGCUGCUCUCGCCCCUCGACAUGGUUCGCAUCUUCACAACUUUGGCCGAAAUCUGCUCCCAGCUGUUUGUUCUAUGGUCCAUGUCCCUCUCGUCCGCCCGCGCCUUUCAGAGCACACAGCACUGGACAGAGCUCAUGAUCCUUGCGAUGGCAACAUUUCCUACACUCUUUGGUUUCUUCAACUCACGUCUCUCGUUUUCGACCAACCGCUGGUCCCAUUCACUCGAGGAAGCAGAGGGGUCAAAGCUCGAGCAAACACACGAACGCAUGCGCAAUCUAGCCUACUCUGAGCGGUUCAAGCGCGAAGUUUUACUCUUUGGCAUGGGUGAUUGGAUCCUCAACUCCUGGGCAGAAGCCAAACGUGCAUUAGCCAUCCGACCCACCUCCGUUAUGGACAGCACGACCACGGCGGCACAAACCUUUGCCCACUCGACGUCGCUCGAAUUUUUCUCGCUCGUGCAGACUCUCCCUUUGGCACUCCAGUUCUCCUCUGCCUCGCUUGGAGCAGUCACCAUGUACCGGACAACUGCAGAGCUACUGCUGGCAACUAUAAUGGAGUUUCAGACCCUGUUGCGUCAGUUUUACCAAGGAAUCUUCUUGCUUGGCUCGUUCAACGUCGCGCUCAAGCUCCAACCUAAACUCGCACCUGUCGAGGAGGAAAGAAAGGAAUAUAUACGACAUCCUGAUGGCUCUGGGAUGAAGAUUGAAAUCGAGGGGCUGUCGUACACCUUUCCGGGGAUGCCAACACCAACGCUGCAUGAUGUUAAUUUUCAUGUUGAGCCUGGCGAGGUGGUUGCCAUUCUGUUGGCAGGUUUGAAUGGUUCGGGCAAGUCGACUUUCCUCAAUGUCCUGCUGCGGCUUUACGAUUUUGAUGGCGGCACUUUCCGAAUAAACGACGUCGACGUGCGGUCAUAUGAACCCGAAGAUCUUCACGCGCAUACUUCGGCCGUAUUUCAAGAUUUUUCGCAAUUCAACGCCUCGUUACGUGAAAAUGUGGGCGUGGGUUGCGUCGGGGACAUGAACUCCGACGUAGCGAUCGAGCAGGCACUCCAGGCCGGUGGUGGCUCUCAGCUCCUUCAAAAGCUACCGGAUGGUCUUGAUUCUGAGCUCGACGACGGGUAUAGCUUUUGCUUUGGGGGCAUGGGAGACCGGCGUUCACUCUCUGGAGGCGAGUGGCAAAGGGUUGCUAUUUCGCGAGCGUUCAUGCGAACAGACGCCGACCUGUACGUCUUCGACGAGGCAAAUAGCGCCCUGGACGCGACGGCCCAGAACGAGCUGUUUGAACGUAUCACUCGCGGGUGCACAACAUCUCCAAACGGCCAACGGCGAAAGAAGACGGUCAUAUUCGUGACCCACAGGCUCUCGACUACGAAAAGGGUCGACAAGAUCGUCCUAUUCAAGAACGGGACGGUCACCGAAGUCGGGACGCACGAUGAACUCAUGGCGCGACCCGAUUCGUCCUACGCGGAACUCUAUCGCAACUACAUGUCCGAUGGCAGCUGGGAUCUUGUCGAGAAGCAAACGCCGCCGACAGGGCCCGCAGACUUUGGGCUCCAGAUGCACAGUUCCCCGCCCCUCGCGCAUAGUUAUUUUCCUGCAUUGUCAACUUAUUACUCGCAAUGA